ACGCAGCUAAAGCCUUGGCAGCCGCGGCCUCCUACUCCUUUCUCCAAAAGCCUCCCCGGACCCCAACUCGGGCCCAACCUGCGCCUCCGCCAUGCCCCGGGGAAGACGCCAGGGCCGGGUGAGCGCCCUGGAGAGCGGCCGGGCGGAAGAGGCGCCCCCGGGGGCGACUGCUUUGCCCUCGGCGCUGUCGCAGUCCCCACAGCAGAUCGAGGCGACAGCCGAGCCGGUUCUGCUCCGGGGCAUCUUCGAGAUCGGGAGGGGCAGCUGCGACGUGGUGCUGAGCGAGCGGGCCCUGAGGUGGUGGCCCAUUCAGCCCGAGCGCCCGGCGGGUGAUUCCAAAUUUGAUUUGCGAUAUAAAGAAGAAUCUGUUGAGCUCAAAGACGUAUUCUCUGUGAAGCUGAAGCGGCGUUGCUCUGCUAAGCAGCCUAGAAGUGGUACUUUGUUAGGCAUCACACUUUUCAUCUGCUUGAAGAAGGAACAAAACAAAUUAAAGAAUUCCACCCUUGAUCUUAUUAAUUUAAGUGAAGACCACUGUGACAUAUGGUUUAGACAGUUCAAGAAAAUUUUGGCAGGUUUUUCAAACAGACCAAAGUCAUUAAAAAUACUUCUUAACCCCCAAAGUCACAAAAAAGAAGCUACCCAGGUCUAUUAUGAUAAGGUGGAACCUCUGCUGAAGAUUGCUGGAAUAAAGACUGACGUAACAAUAACGGAGUAUAAAGGGCAUGCUCUAUCCCUGCUUGAGGAAUGUGAACUCCAGGGAUUUGAUGGUGUUGUCUGUGUUGGUGGAGAUGGAUCUGCUAGUGAAGUAGCCCAUGCAUUGCUUCUCAGAGCCCAGAAGAGUGCUAGAAUGGAAACAGACCAAAUCCUAACUCCUGUCAGAGCACAGCUUCCACUCGGCUUAAUACCAGCAGGAUCUACUAACAUAUUGGCACAUUCUCUUCAUGGGGUCCCUCACGUAGUAACUGCAACUUUGCACAUUAUAAUGGGGCACAUACAGCCAGUUGAUAUCUGCACCUUCAGUACCACUGGCAAGCUUCUUCGCUUUGGGUUUUCAGCCAUGUUUGGCUUUGGUGGAAGAACUUUGGCUCUGGCAGAAAAAUAUCGAUGGAUGUCCCCUAACCAACGGAGAGAUUUUGCUGUAAUAAAGGCACUGACAAAGCUUGAGCCAGAGGAUUGUGAAAUAUCAUUUUUACCACUUAACAGCUCUCAGGAUGAUCCAAAAUUGAGGGCACAGGGAUCACUCAAAUCCGACUAUAAUGAUCAAUGGCAAACGAUCCAGGGUCAGUUCUUGAAUGUCAGCAUUAUGGCAAUUCCCUGCCUGUGUUCAGUGGCACCCAGAGGUUUGGCACCUAAUACCAGAAUAAAUAAUGGAAGUAUGGCUCUUAUAAUUGCACGGAACACUUCUCGGCCACAAUUUAUAAAACACCUGAAAAGAUAUGCCACUAUAAAAAAUCAGUUCAAUUUUCCAUUUGUUGAGACUUAUACUGUGGGAGAAGUAAAAGUUCAUCCAAGGAACACCACCAGUGGAUACAGCCCAGAGGAGGAGGACUGGCCUCAUGAAAACAGUUUUCCUUGGAAUUAGAUGGGGAUUUAAUGGAAGUCGCAACGGAGGUCCAUGUCAGAUUACAUCCAAGACUUAUCAGUCUUUAUGGAGGAAGUGUGGAAGAAAUGAAUGAUUCCCAAGUAACAUGUAAUUGCUUUUAAAUGUGCAAACUAGUAUUUUGAUGAAGGAAUUUGCUCAGUCUUUAAACAGAUACCUUAAGAAAAUGUUUUAAAGUAAAGUUGCUAUUUUUGAUAUUAGAAAGCUUCUAGAAGAAGACUUGAAAAUCAAGAAGAAAAUAUGAAAUAUCAAAGGAAUUUAAAUUCUGGUUUCUAUAAGUGUCUAUUGGAACUGAAACAUUUUAUACGCUUAAGCUUUAUCAUAUCGAUAUUUAACCAAGUUAAUUCAUUUGGAUUAUUUUUCAGGAUGUGAGUCCAUCAAGCCUAAUGGUAAAUUUCCUAUAGUCUUGUACAAACAGCACUGAGAUCUUAAGACUGUCCUGAUUUUACUAGUGAAGUAACAAAUCUAGAGAAGUUAAAUUCCAGAAUCACACAUCUAGCUGUAUAACCAGAAGCAGAACCAUGUUUUUGAAAAUCUUUCCAAUACCUAACCUGUUUGCCAAAAAUAAUAAUCCCAUCUUUGAGAAAAAAUGUCAUCCAGUGGUGGGGUUUUUAAAUUUAUCAUGUAGGUAACUUAGUUUAUAACAUUUAGAAUGAUGCAAAAGCCUAUCAGUAGCUGCGCUGCUCUGUACCUGAGAUGCAUGGGUCUGGAAAGCAUUGCUCUUGGUUUCCAGUGUAGUUUCUUUAGAGACCAUCCUUGAAAAGGCAGUUUGAAAUUGGUGCUUGAUUUUUUUCAUGAGUGAGUGAUCCUAAACAUUCUCCUAAAAGAGUUACUUGGCUUUUUAUAAGGAUGAUAAAAGCACAAAAAUAUAUCUUUUUGCCCAAAAGUGUUCUUAAAAUAUAUACAUUUAAACUUAGUUUUGCUUGUACACAGUUAAGGAGGCUUUGUGCUCAACUGCUCAAAUAAAUGCCUUGGCAAAUCACAGCACAUUGCUCAUCCUCCAGCCACCAGUCCAGAGGCUUGUGAACAGGUGACUUUCAUGAAUCAAAAAAAUCUGAGGAAGGGUCAGCUGGAAGCAGAGCCCUCAGAUCAAAGCACAUUUCCUACAACAUUAAAGACUGCCUUCUUAUUUACUUCUUAUCUACUUGAUUGCUCCCUAGAACAGAUGUUCAAAAGUUGGCCACAGGUUUCUUACAUAUACAAAGAAAUCCAGAUGAAAUUUAUUCCACAGUCACCAGCAUCUAGAUCACAGGCAUGAAAUAAAUAUUUAAAAUUCAGAAAGCUAUUUCAUUUAAAAUAGAUCCUGAUAUAACAUCACAAACUUUAUUAAUGUUCACUGUAUGGAACUUUUUCAUUUAACUAUGAAUUUUGUUUCUCCCCUUUCCCUGGAAAAGCUAAUGCGAUUAAGACCUGAUAGAACAUUAC